UUGGUCGUUGUUGUACCCAGGGGGGCGAGGUUAGCCUCCGAAUGCUGGGGAGUUUUGUCUCUGUGGUCGGAGCUGCGCGAGAUAUUGAGGCGCAGUCUGUGAACAGUGUCGUGUUAAGUGUUUUGAGUCACACAGAGCCGGUUUUAAUAUAUCUCAGAUAUGUUUUAAUUCACAUUUUGUUCCCGCACCCACAGAGGAGAUGGUCAACGGCGAGAGAAUCUGCUGCACAAUUUAACGGUUUGCUUAAAACAAGACAUUAUAGCGUCUAAUAAUACAAUAUAAGUCGAGGGUGUACUGAGACAGGAGGGGGAAUGGAGGGCUGAAAUGUAUCUGUACUGGACGAUCUGAUUGAAUAUAUUUACUUGAGGGGGGGGAAAAAUACAACAUUAACUGUGCAAACGGAAGGAAGGAAGGGGGAAACGUGUAAAGUUGACAACAGAAGCCCGAGUAAACAGCAGUGCUUGGAGGCCCUUCCACGUGAGAAGGAUCGAACUGCAACGCAGGCUGGCUGGAGCGAAUCCAUUUUGCAGCACGCUGUUUUGUGCACUGCGUUGAGGAGAAGGCCUGGUCAAGAUUGUGAACGGUUAAACUACCAUCACCGAUGAGACCAGAUAAUACUUGGGGGCUGUAUCGUGGCUUUAUUUUUAUUUAGCAAUACAAAGAACUGUUUCCUACCAGUGCACAACUGCAUCCCAAUGUAAAAGGACUACUAAAUGGAAGUUGAAAAUCACUGCAUAAUUUCAACAAAAUAAGACCAACCGUUUGCUACAUUUGAAAGUUGUUUUAUUUGAAUAUACCCCAAUUAAAACAUUAUUUAAACAGAUAGAACCUAUAUAAAGUUGUUUUAUUUUUAUUUUUUAUUAUUAUUUUUAAACCGAGAGGACAAUAAGAUUUGUAGAAAGAUAAAGCUGGACUGACUUCGACUUUGGCUUGCGAGGCUUACACAGUUUUCCAGGAGGAGUGCUGUACGGUCCCUGUGGGAUCUCUGUUUAGCAAUGGCCUUCACAAACUACAGCAGCUUAAAUCGAGCGCAGCUCACCUUCGAGUACCUGCACACAAACUCAACCACUCAUGAGUUCCUGUUCGGAGCCCUUGCUGAGCUGGUGGAUAAUGCAAGAGACGCUGAGGCCACAAGAAUUGAUAUCUACACCGAGCAGAAGCCGGAGUUGCGGGGCGGGUACACUCUGUGUUUCCUUGAUGACGGGACUGGAAUGGACCCCAGCGAAGCAACCCAUGUGAUCCAGUUUGGAAAAUCCAGCAAAAGGUCCCCGGAGUCGACGCAGAUCGGGCAGUACGGCAAUGGAUUGAAAUCGGGCUCAAUGCGAAUCGGGAAGGACUUCAUCCUUUUUACAAAGAAAGAGAACAAGAUGACCUGCCUAUUCUUGUCUCGUACGUUCCACGAGGAGGAGGCAAUUGAUGAGGUGAUUGUUCCACUCCCUACAUGGAACUGCCAAACCAAGCAGCCAAUCACAGACAACCCUGAGAAAUUUGCAAUUGAAACAGAACUGAUAUAUAAAUACUCGCCUUUUAAAUCGGAAGCUCAGGUCAUGGAGCAGUUUAAAAAAAUCGAAGGGGACAGUGGGACGCUGGUUAUCAUCUAUAAUCUCAAGCUGAUGGACAAUCACGAGACGGAGCUGGAUGUCACUUCUGAUCCCCAGGACAUCCUGAUGGCCGGGACUCCUUUGGAGGGAGUGAAACCUGAGAGGCGAUCCUUCCGAGCCUAUGCUGCUGUUCUGUAUAUCGACCCCCGAAUGAGGAUCUUUAUCCAGGGCGUCAAAGUCAGGACCAAGCGACUCUCCUGCUGCCUUUAUAAACCAAGGAUGUAUCGAUACACAUCAACACGUUUCAAAACCCGGGCAGAGCAGGAGGUGAAAAAAGCUGAUCACUUGGCAAAAGUUGCUGAAGAGAAGGCGAGAGAGGCAGAGAGCAAAGCACGAGCGCUGGAGCUGAAGCUGGGAGGAGAUCUUGCAAGGGAGGCCCGGGCGCUGCUUCGAAAGGCACAGGAUGCUGCUGUGAUGCUGCGCAGGGAGGCAGAUAUGAAGAAGCGAAUACAGGAGGCCAAGCAAAGAGCCCUGAAGGAGCCCAAAGAGCUGUGUUUUAUUUUUGGGGUUAACAUCGCUCAGCGAGAGCUAGAUGGGAUGUUUGUGCACAACUGCAGCCGGCUCAUCAAGAUGUACGAGAAGGUGGGGCCGCAGCUUGAGGGAGGAAUGGCGUGUGGAGGGGUGGUGGGGGUGGUUGACGUCCCUUAUCUGGUGCUGGAGCCCACACACAACAAGCAGGACUUUGCUGACAACAAAGAGUACCGACACCUGCUGAGGGCUAUGGGAGACCACCUGGCACAGUACUGGAAAGACAUUGGCAUCGCCCAGAAGGGGAUUGUUAAAUUCUGGGACGAGUUUGGUUACUUGUCGGCCAAUUGGAAUCAGCCUCCAUCCAGUGAAGUUCGCUACAAGCGGCGGAGAGCCAUGGAGAUCCCCAUCACCAUCCAGUGUGACAAGUGUUUGAAGUGGCGCACCCUUCCGUUCCAGAUACAGGCUGUCGACAAAGUGUACCCUGAUUCCUGGGUCUGCUCCAUGAAUCCUGAUGGCACGCAGGACAGGUGUGAUGCUCUCGAGCAGAAGCCAAACCUUCCUGUCGGAACGCUGAAGAAAGACACGAAAUCUACAGAGGACAAACAAAAACAGCUCACUGAGAAAAUUCGCCAGCAACAGGAGAAACUGGAAGCUAUGCAGAAAACUACAACGGUCCGAUCCAGCGCAGACCUGAAAAACCUGCCGCUAGAGGUCGGCACGAGACCGGCAGCAGAGACACAGGCUCCUCGAACCUCUGAAAAAUUGCAGCGGCCUCGUUCUCCUCCACUGCCCACUAUGAUCAAAAAUGCUCCUAGCCGCCCCCCUAUCUCCAAACCACCUCCCCUGAGCAAGAAACCCACUCCAAUCCAGAUCCAAAAACCAGCUCCCACACCCCCGCCCCGUCCGACACUUGCCAAGAAAGAGGAGGUCAGCAAGGGACGUACCAGUGCAGUAAAGGCAGCCCCACCCCCUCCUAAACCAGCGCCACCCACCCCCAGGACUGCAGUGGCCAAACCCCCUGCCCGCCCCACCACUCCGAGGGGCCCACCAGCCCGCACUGCACAGAGCACAGUGAAACAGGCAGCAGCAUCUGGCAGCCAACGCAAGAGGAUUGCUCCUGAAGCAGAGAGCAGCGAUGAGGAUGAUGAAGAUGAAGAUGAUGAUGAGGAGGAAGAAGAGGAGGAGCCACAGCCCAAGAAAAUGAAACUGGCUGCAGCUACUCCACAGCGAGGGAAAGCAGCCCUGUCGAAGCCGGAGCCGAAGCGGGGGCGGGUGACAGAGCUGAGAGCCCAGACUGCAGACGGCAGCGUCGUGGUGGAGAGUGCACAGAAGCAGAUGGCCAAUGCGCAGCGGAGAAACCUUCCUCCUGCAGAAAGCAGCGAGGAGGAAGAGGAGGUGGUGAACACCAAAAAGUACAAAAUGGGGGCUGCAACUGCGCCCCAAGUAGCGAAAGCUGUUUUUAACAAGCGCGAGGCCAAACCUGAGCCUAAGCGUGCUGGAUUCCCGGAGUCAAGUGUUUGGAAAGCAGAGAGGAGCACGGUGGUGGAGAGUUCACAGAAGCAGAUGGCCAAUGCGCAGCGGAGAAACCUUCCUCCUGCAGAAAGCAGCGAGGAGGAAGAGGAGGUGGUGAACACCAAAAAGUACAAAAUGGGGGCUGCAACUGCGCCCCAAGUAGCGAAAGCUGUUUUUAACAAGCGCGAGGCCAAACCUGAGCCUAAGCGUGCUGGAUUCCCGGAGUCAAGUGUUUGGAAAGCAGAGAGGAGCGCGGUGGUGGAGAGUGGGAAGAAGCAGAUGGCCAAUGCGCAGCGGAGAAACCUUCCUCCUGCAGAAAGCAGCGAGGAGGAAGAGGAGGUGGUGAACACCAAAAAGUACAAAACGGGGGCUGCAACUGCACCCCUAACAGCGAAAGCUGUUGUGUCCAAACCUGAGCCUAAGCGUGCUGCAGUGCUGGAGUCGAGUGUUUGGAAAGCAGAGAGCAGCGCGGUGGUGGAGAUCACAGACAGCCCUGACGAGGAGGAGGAAGUGGUGGAUCUGAAGAGCGCUCAGAAAGAUAAAGGGCUCUUAGUGGAGGUGAAGGUGAAUAAAGAGUGGUUCACAGGCCGUGUCACUGCAGUGGAGGCUGGGAAGCAGGGCAUGCGAUGGAAGGUGAAGUUUGAUUAUGUCCCGACCACUACAACCCCACGCGACCGAUGGGUGCUGAAGAACAGCGAGGAUGUACGUUUGAUGAGACCCCCCUCCCCUGAAUCACAGACCCCUGACACUCUUCAAGGCAACGAGGAGGAGGAAGAGGAGGGUGCAGCUGCCAGGAGAAUGGAGCCUGACACCACCCAGCCAGCCCCCAGCAGGGAGACCACAGAGAGCCUUGUUACCAUGAUGAGGACGUUUCUAAGAUAUUUCUUUCCCCCAAAUUUCCGGAUCCCGAAGGAGGAUGUCAACAGCAUGUCGGCAGAGGAACUGGUGGCUUUUCCAAUGAAAGAGUAUUUCCAGCAGUACGAGGUGGGGCUGCAGAGCCUGUGUAACUCGUACCAGACGAGAGCGGAUGCACGGACGCGAGUAGUGGAGGAGAAGAGUAACAGCGCUGAGGCAAGGCUCCGUGAAGCUGAGGAGAAGCUACAGAAACUAAGAACCAACAUAGUGGCUCUGCUGCAGAAGGUUCAAGAGGAUAUUGAUAUCAACACAGAUGAUGAGCUAGAUGCCUACAUUGAAGACCUGCUCACCAAAGGGGAUUAAUCCAGUCUUCUUGGGGCUUACUGUCAUCCUACAGCAGCUGACAGACAACACAACACACCCAACAUGGCUCUCAUUUGAACCACUUUUACUACCUAACAGACGAUCCCGUGUCUUCCUAAUGGUUCUGUGAUUCCAGGGAUUAUUGGGUAACCGCACGGGAGUGUUUUCCUGCUCAUUUAAAGUGAAGAGGGGUGACCGCCCUGAAGAAUGGAGAAAGGGUAAUGGAGCCCGCACACACCAGCUUACCACUCUCUCUUGUUUUACCGUUUCUGGGAUCUCUGUACAUGCAGGUCAAUUGCAUAAUGAUUACACUCUUUACAAAGGCCAGCACAACCUGGUGGACUGAAGGAUUAGGAAGAUUUUUUAUGACAGUAAAUGUGUUUUUUUUUUUUUCAUGUUUUUUGUUUUCAAUUUACCUGCAGUCAAGAUGUGUAUGAAACUUGAACAUCAGGGAUUCUGCAAUAGUAUUUUUAAUAUUCCCCCGGUGUAAACACAAUUGUAUUUAACAGAUGGAACAAAAUUAUAUAUUUAACAACAUGUGAUGGAAGGUGUGUUGCUACCUUGGACCGAUGGUUUGAACAGGACCGAUCUCUGAAGCAGUAUGUCCUUCACCCCACAAGAAUAGGUAAGGGUGUGAUUUAAGAGGUUACAAAGACCUACAAUGCCAACAAACCACGAGAAAUGUACAGAAAUGCACGGCAGCAGUGGACCGCAAGACCUUUUUCUAACACCCAUUUCAGUUUGGGGUUGAAUCUGGGCCUGCCCAUAUUUCAUUAACCCACCUAGGCACACAUUCUUCCAUGGUUUUCCUGUGUUUAAUGUUAACAUCACUUUCACGAGGGUGAUGGAGCAUGCAUGAUGCACACUUCUACUUGGACCUCCAUGUAAUGUGCAGAACUGAACUUGUUGGAGGACUACUUUACAGUUGCAUUGCAUAACAUGACAAGUUUCCUACCCAUCUUCAGACUAGAGGAACUGUUCCGAUGAAUCUGAAUUUUACCUACUUAGUUUUUGUUCUAGAAAUUUGCAGAUUUCAGAGAAUGUAGGAAAAUAUUCUUGGUGGACUGUAUUUCCCAAUCGUUCUGGGAUUUCAAACUAUCCUCCGGACAGCUCUUUUAAAACUGUGAGAAAAAGAAUUAAUGAUUUGUUUUAUUAAAUUGUCUGGAUUGUUUGUUUUGAGAGA